AUUUGAGCAAAUCUAAGAAAAAAGGCCUAUUUGGGGGAAAGACAUUUUUGCAAGUGAAAAUUUUGGGCACAUUGAAGCGAUUGGCUGGUGUGAAGUGUCACUUGAAAACAUAAACAAACCUUUCGCUUCACUUAUUUUUUCUUCAUUUCAAACGAUAAACCUUCUUUUACUUUCUUCUCAUUCGCUUUACGCCAAUAUAAAAAUACGCUUUUAUUUCAUCCGAGUAACUGAUACUUUUGCUAGUGCACUUUUUACUGUCAUUCUAAAUUGAGUGAAAGUCUAAUUUCCCCAACUGCAUUUCUGGGACGCUAUCAACACUCGGAGGUUGUAAAGGUGACUUUCUUUACUGCUACUGCAUAGUUGCACCUUAAAUAACAAGUCGAAUUCGGCACACAUCAGUACAAGUGCAGCAUUACUAUGAGCAACAGCGACUAUUUGGAUACCCUCCGCAGGUUUGAGCUGGAGCACCAGUACCCUUGCCUCUACGGAAGCGGAAUCACCUCGCUCGAUCGAUUGGUGCAGCUGGACCCGUCAAGGGUGCAUACGCUUGGAAUCAAUGGCAGAGACGACCUCGAAAACCUCAAGGCACUGAUCCUGGAACUCAGAGCGAGCAUGGACAUGGGUGACGACUCUCAUUACGAAGAAGAGCAGCCGACCAGAUCCUCGGGCUACCAGCGCAGACGCACCGAGUUUGUAGGGUUUACUGACAGCGACGAAGAGCCUAGCACCAUGAGGGGCCGCGAUGCCGGCCAUGACCGCGCGGGCGUUUCUACUAGACCAGGUGGGCAGACACGUGUGCCCACGAGACGACCAUCGAGCAUUUACAACUCUAACGGCCCAAACAGCGGGACUCCGCGCUCAAGUGCCCCUAGCAACUCAUUCUCACCGCCGCCGGUGCAGGCUGGGCACCAUGGCUCCUCGGGACAGACCUUUGGCGAGCCCAGGACCAUCGGAAGGCAGGGCUUGUCGGCAAAUGGCAACACGACCCCGUCAGUAAUCAACCGGCGGCAGACGCUUGCCCCCAUGUCGUCGACGCAAGGAUUCGGAUUUGCACGCGCCAACGAUAACGCGCUGGCUUCGAACAGCAUGCUGGGCAACGAUUUUGGAUCUAGCGUAAACAAAGCGGGUCCUGCGGCCACUGCCCACCGCUCGCGCACAGUUAGCGCCAGACCCGGGACGGCAAACCCCAGAGGUACGCGCCCAAACGCAGCCAGCGUCAAUGGCAUUCUCGAGAGGUCCAACAACUUUGCGCAGGCACAGCGGCUCGCCGAAAAUCCUGAUGAUGACCUGGAGCACGUAGUUCGCAAGACCGGCCAGAGUGGGCUAGUCAACACAUACGGCAUCCCCACGCGCCCUUCGACCGCGCAUGCCAGGCGGCCUGCCAAUGAACGCCGGAGCCUGGCGCCGAGCUCAACAAAUGGGCCGUUGCUGCGACCCAAGGUUCCGAAUCGCGGGUCUAAGGAUGACGGCGCAGGCGGUGGAUCGGGUUCAAAGGAGGGGCUGUCAAAUCUGAACGACAAGAUCCGAGUGUGCGUGCGCAAGCGCCCGCUGAACAGGAAGGAGCGGGAAAAGAGCGAGAAGGAUAUUGUCAUUACCAACGGGUGUCGGUCGCUGUCCGUAAUGGAGCCUAAAACCAAGGUCGACAUGACAAAGUACAUCGAGGAGAGCAGGUUCCUGUUUGACGAGGUCUUUGACGAGAAUUCUGAUAACACCCAAGUGUACGAGCGUACGGCCAAGCCGCUUGUUGAGUAUAUCUUUACUGGCGGGAACGCCACAUGCUUUGCGUACGGCCAAACGGGAAGUGGCAAGACCUAUACGAUGAUGGAUGUGCAGAACGGCCUGUACAUACAGGCUGCCGAUGACAUAUUCAGAAUCAUGCAGCGCCCAGAGAACCGCCACUUGCAGGUUUUUAUGCUGUUCUACGAGAUCUACAUGUCCAACCUGUACGAUCUGCUCAACGAGCGUCGCAAGAUCUUUGCGCGCGAGGAUGGCAACCAGACCGUCUGCAUUCAGGGCGUGCGUGAGGUGCUUAUUCAGUCGCCGGCUGAUCUCAUGAGCGUCUUUGACUUUGGAAACAAUUGUCGCAGCACCGGGUCGACUGGCGCCAACUCAGACUCGUCGCGCUCACAUGCUAUUCUGCAGAUCGUUCUGAAGGACACUACGCGCAAGGGUGCGAUCAAGGGCAAGCUCAACUUUAUCGAUUUGGCGGGUAAUGAGCGCGGCGCAGAUCGCGGCGACAAGGCUGACAAGCAGACGAUCAUGGAAGGCUCCGAAAUCAACAAGAGUCUGCUGGCCCUGAAGGAGUGCAUCCGGGCGCUGGAUCUCGGCAAGAAACACCAGCCUUUCCGCCAGAGCAAGCUGACACAGGUUCUCAAGGAUUCGUUUAUUGGAAACUCACGUGCGUGCAUGAUUGCGACUAUUUCGCCCAACUCGUCUAACUCAGAGAAUACCCUUAACACGCUGCGUUACUCUGACCGCGUCAAGACGAUGAAGUCUGCGGGCACUGCGGGAGACAGCACGCAGGCGGCCAACGACGGUGCGCGGGACGCAGAUGAUUACUACUCGACCGAGGUUGAUGCCGACUACGAGGAUGACUCGGCGAAUCGCGCCUACGACGAGUCCCUGGACGCCAGCUACGGAAUACAGGGCGCGGGUCAUGGAUAUCCGGACAGCUCGCAAAGUGUUUUUAGGGAGGAGGACGAGUAUGCUGAUGACAUGGGCAUUGACGAAGAUGACGAGUUUGCUUCAGUGGCGACAACGUACCACCAGCGCCGCCAGCAGCAGCAGCAACCGCAGCCGCAACCGCAACCACAGCAAAACACGGGGCGUGCGUAUGAGCAUGCCCGCCGUCCCUCGUUUGACGAUCGCUCGGACUACGACAUCAGUAACGAGACCCCGGCUAUUGUUGACGAACAACCUGCAUUUUUGGACGAAGCCCGCCACGCGCUGCGCUCGCCCCGGGCCUAUGGGUCGCCCGCGGCAAAGAGCUUUGUCACAUCGCGUAUGGCAAUGUCACCGCCAACCAUGCGCCAGCAGAUGCCGCCGUCCAAACUGUCGGGUACGCUUGUCCGCAACAAGAAGAGCGUGGCUGAUACCCAGGCUCUGCAGCAGCAGCAACAACAGUUGCAGCAUCGCUCUUCAUUCGAGGACGACGACGGCGGCAUUUUUGAUAGCGACGCUGGGAGACGCACGAAUCACACGAGUUCGCGCCGACUGGUUGGACCGCCGUCUGGAGGCAGCCUUGCUGGCGCUGGGGCUGUUGGGCGUGGAAUGAGACCGCCGGCAAUGUCGCGCAGCAACAGCGUUAGCCAAGACCCGCUAGUUUCUGAUAGAGACUCAGGGUUUAUUCAGGUACAGGCGCGGCAGCAGGUGCUCCGAAGCAACACGCACAGCAAUGGCACCAUAGCGAGUGCUGACGCGUACUCGGCACCUGUGACCUCGACGCCAUCGCCGUAUGCAUCUGCGAUCAGCAUACAUUCGGACGACAAUAUGCCCAAGGAGAGGAAGGGCGGCAUGACCAGCAACAGAAACAGCUACCAUGGGGGCAGCGAGGACGCAGUCAUGGCCGAGCCCUCUGAGAACGGCGAUGCGUCUGGCGAUGGGUUUGGCGGGCUGCGCAUUGCCGAUGUCGAGGCAUUCGUGAACCAGCACCGGGCAGAGAUCCGGGUUACUACAGAGGCGGUCAAGGAGGAGACAAUGCUGAUUGCGGCGUACGCUGGAUUCACGCAGGCGCACUUGGUGCAGCAGACGAGGAGCAAGGCCGAGGGCACGGCUGUGCGCCCGAACAACUGGCAGCAGCAGUUGCAGCCGCAGAACCUGACUGACAAGUACUUUUUAGAUGUCAAUACUGGCUCCGUGACGCGUUUGGCCGACGGAUUGCGGUUUGAUUCAGUGGAGCAGGCCAAGAUGCACGAGGCCAUGGAGUAUCUGGAGAAACUCGAUGAGGUGCUGGCCAAGAAGCAGCAGUAUGUGGUUGACCUGCGCGCGGCUAUCCGCAAGCUGGUGUGGAGCUCGGCCGAUAUUCCAAACUAAAUGUCUCUUAAAGACUUCUUUUUUAAUUUUUUAAUUUUGUUAUCCUUGUUUUUUUAUUUUACAUCUAUAAAUCCUUUUCGGGCAUUCGGGCUGUUUUACUUUGCCAUGCCCAGUUUCCGCAUAUCGGUGCAAAGCAAAGAACGUUCUCUAGUUGUGCAUACUUAUUGUAGUCACUGUAUCGGGGGAAAAUGAGCAUGUGAGCAUUUAUUAAUUUGUGGCAGCAGUAUGUAGAAAGUGAUAUGUUUGCUCACUUGCACUGACACGUGAAGGAAUAGGGAAGAGAACAGGGAGCAAUAGCAUGGCACAUAAUGCAAAUUCAGGAUGGUUUUUUAAAAGGAUGUUUAUUUUUUCACAUGCCUCCUCUUG